GGUUAUUAAAGUGUAUCCCAAUCCAGCUCCUAUGAGUAAGAAGGAAAAGGAAUCUUUAUCUAUAUAGAAGGCUCGCAAGUAACACAUCAUCUCUGAGAGGGAGACAUAAUUCGCAGAGUUAGGGCUAGGCCGGUACCCUCGAGUAUUCUCCUCCAUGUUCACUAGGCUAGGCAGAAAUGAUUCAAGCAUUCAUCCAAUCGAGUAUCCUCUGAAUCGAAUAUCGGAUUUGCCGGAUUCGAUUGUGCAGAAAAUCCUCUGUCGAUUGCGUGCCCAUGAAGAUGCUGUCCGCAUGAGCUUCGUGUCGAAAACAUGGCAAACCCUAUGGAGCUCACUACCAGCCUACCAUUUUGAUUUCAAUUCUGAUACGGGACAACCCAUCUCUUAUUAUUAUCAAGCAGGCCGGUAUCCUAAAAGGAAAAGGUCUGCCGCCACCGCACUGGACGAAUCGCUGCGAAUGCUCCAUGAGUAUGACGAUGAUCAGAAAAAGAUAAUCAAUUACUUUAGGCUGAGAGGGAGAGCUCCUUUGCAAAGCCAAGCCUGGAAUGUCGACCGUUGGAUCAAGCUGGUAACCAAACACUUUGUCAAAGAGCUACAUCUCCGCUUCAGUUAUGUUGCCGGGGUCCCAAGGUAUCGUUUUCCUCCUGCAAGCUUUGAUGUUGGGUCCUUAGUUGUGUUGAGUUUAAGCCAUUGUGUUUUGGACCAAGCUUUGGUUCAAGAGGGGAGGAGGUUUUGUUGCCUAAAAGAGCUUAGUUUUUCUUAUGUUGAUUUGAAUGGGCUAGUCACGGACCUCCUUUCUAGAUGCCCUUCACUUGAAACACUGGAAUUCUACCAGUGCGAAAACACUCAGCAUACUCAACUUGGUGAUCUUACAAAACCGAUCAAGACGGUGAACAUUGAAUUUUGAACUCAAUUUUGUUAUC